AUGGAUUCCCCGAAGAUUGGAAAUGGUUUGCCAGUGAUUGGACAAGGGACUGAUGAUAUAGGGGUAUCUUCACUCCACAUGGUGGGGUAUUUGGGAAAAAACUAUGAUUCAGUUAAUGGUGUAUCAGGUGAAUACUGCCCAGCUUGUAAAGAGAAGGGAAAACAAAAUGCAUUAAGAACUUUUCGAAUUAGUUUUGAAGAAUCAAUCCUUUUGUGUGAGGAUCUACAGUGCAUCUACCCUUUGGUCUCCAAAUCACUUAAUAACUUACUUUCUCCUGAUUUGGGAAAUUGCCACAUUCCAGAUAAGCCUCGUCAAAAAAGAAAAAAGUCGGCAACCAGUUGCAAAGAGUCACCUCUUUUAACAAAUUCCAAAAAGCCUAAAACUGACGCUGUUGUGGAUGGUGAACAAACACUGAGCAACAAACACAAUGGAGAAACGCAUGAUGAAGCCUCCUUUCACUUACCUGCCUUGCCUCCACAUGGUCAGCAGAGCCCCCUUGGGACAGCUGGUUCCUUGGCACAGACGGAGACUUUGGAGGCUGAUGGGGUUGGCCUUGCUGAUAAACACGAUCCUUCUGCAAUGGACGUUACAGGAACCAGGGAACCUUCCCCUCAGCAUGAAGGCUUUCUCCCUAAACUGGAAAUACCACCAGAGAACAAUAGCAAGUCAAUGGGCCAGGCCUUUUGUGUCCAGUGGAAAAAUGCUUAUUCUCUGUGUUGGCUAGACUGCAUCCUGUCAGCAUUGGUGCACUUGAAAGCUUUAAAAAUGGCUGUGACUGAACUGGGCUCUGGAGAAGACUCUAUCUUCAGGAGGCUUUUGACUAAGUAUGAGAGAGCUAAUGAGCUGCUGUGCACCCAUCAGCCAGGUGGCCUUCAAGAUGGAGAUGGUAAAAAACUUCCUUUAGAAGUGUCUGUAAGGAUAGAUGCUUGUCUGAAUGAAGUCAGAGAUGAAAUUUUUACCAGACUUCAACCCCAGCUUCGCUGCACAUUAGGUGAUAUGGAAAGCCCUGUGUUUGCAUUUCCCCUCCUCUUAAAGAUAGAGCCUCAGAUUGAGAAACUUUUCAUGUAUUCUUUUUCCUGGAACUUUGAAUGUUCACAUUGUGGAUACAAGUAUCAAAACAGGUGUAUGAAGACUCUGGUCACCUUUACACAUGUCGUUCCUGAGUGGCACCCAUUGAAUGCUGCCCGUUUUGGCCCAUGUAACAGUUGCAGUAGUAAAUCACAAAUAUGGACAAUGGCCUUGGAAAAAAUACCUCCCCUCUUCAUGCUGCACUUUGUGGAAGGCUUACCCCAUAAUGACCUAGGGUGGUAUGCAUUUCAUUUCGAAGACUCCCCUUAUCAAGUAACUUCGGUGAUUCAGUACCAAGCAAAUAAUCAUUUUAUAACAUGGAUUUUGGAGGCUGAUGGACAGUGGCUUAAAUGUGAUGACUUAAAAGGCCCAUGUUCAGAGAGACGUGAGAAAUUUGAAGUUCCUGCUUCUGAGAUUCAUAUUGUUAUUUGGGAAAGAAAACCAUCCCAGGUUCCAGAUAAAGCAGCUGCUGAUUUUCCACUUGGAAAGAUGACUGAUCAGCAGGCUUCUGGCAAUCAAGAUCCAGUGUUUCCAGCAUUAUGUCCCGAGGGCCAUCCUACCUCAGGUGCUGCAACCUCAGUCACACCUGCCUCAGUUGGAAUGUCCUCGGUCACUCAGGCCUCAGCUGGAAUGUCCUUGGUCACUCAGGCCUCAGCCAAAAUGUCUUUGGUCACUGAUACUUCAGCUGAAAUGUCCUUGGUUAAUCAGGCCUCAGUUGAAAUGUCCUCGGUCACUCAGGCCUCAGCUGAAAUGUCCUCAGUCAUUCAAGACUCAGCUGAAACGCCUUUGGUCACUGAGACCUCAGCUGAAAAGUCCUCGAUCACUCAGGCCUCAGCUGAAAUGUCCUCGGUCGUUCAAGACUCAGCUGAAACGCCUUUGGUCACUGAGACCUCAGCUGAAAUGUCCUCGAUCACUCAGGCCUCAGCUGAAAUGUCCUCGGUCAUUCAAGACUCAGCUGAAACGCCUUUGGUCACUGAGACCUCAGCUGAAAAGUCCUCGAUCACUCAGGCCUCAGCUGAAAUGUCCUCGGUCAUUCAAGACUCAGCUGAAACGUCUUUGGUCACUGAGACCUCAGCUGAAAUGUCCUUGGUCAGUCAGGCCUCAGCUGAAACAUCUUUGGACUCUGAGACUUCAACUGAAACGUCCUUGGUCUCUCAGGCCUCGAGUACUGGUGAUCCACCAGCUCUGCUACCAGAUGAAGCUGUUGACGUUGGGGACCAUUUACUUCCAGGUCCACAAAGUGUGACUGAUGACAGCAUUUUCAUUUUGACACUUGAAGAAAUCCAGGUUCCCUCUGGUGGCUUCCUGUCUGAAAACCAGCCUGUGGGAGGAGGUCAAGCAACUGUUAGUAUGAGCCCUUGGCAGUCACAGGAAUCCCUGCUGGAGUCAUUAGUGUCGGCUCCUUGCACUGACUCUCCUGUGGGUGUAAGUGUUCCAUGCCAGCCUGUAGAUGCCACCACACUACCAGCACCACUCACCGGUACUGAGCCCACGAUCAAUGGUUACGCGGCCCAUCUUACACAAGAAGGAAAGUCCACAGAAAACGAGCUGCCACUGCCAGGAGCUGGAACUUCAAAGCCAGAAUCACAUGUUACAUCACUGUUAUCCUCUCUAAAGAAAAAAGACACUACUACAGAGUCCCCAGCCGCCACAGCCUGUCUGAGACAGAGUCAGCCCCCCAAAGAGAGCCCGAAGAAGCCGUUCAUGGGGAGCUGGGUCAAAAGCCUACUGAGCAGGGGCGCCUCUUUCAUGCCAUCCUGCGUCUCUGCACGUGCUAGAAGCAUCAUUACAGAUUUGCAGCCUUCAGUGAAAGGGGCAAGUAACUUUGGUGGCUUUAAAGCCAAAGGUACAAACCAGAGAAACAGCCAGGUGUCCAAGAGAGUGCGGAAGUGCACGAGUAAGCCACCUGCGCCCCCUCCACCUGCACCACCUCUGCCACCUGCACCAAGUUCCUCCAUCUCUGAUAGCCUGGCCUCCCCUCUGCAGGCCCAUAGCAGGGAUACUGCUUCUGAAGGCCCUUCUCCUGCAGGGCACAUCCAUCAGAGUGUUCCUGGCAGGGAGCUUGACUCUCCAGCUGGCUACAGAGACUCAGCCAAUGAUCAGAUUCAUCAGCUGAGGCUCAGACUGCUUAAAAAACUUAAGGCCAAAAAGAAGAAAUUAGCUGCCCUGAUGUCUGCCCCCCAGAAUGGAAAAGAUCCAAAUGAAAAUUUGGAAGCCAUGUCCCAUUCUGGAUCUCCUAAUAACUGUGACUCCAUUGAGCAGUUGCUGGAUGAACUGCAGUAUCAGAUUGACAUUGCUGAUAACAAAGCUGGAUGCACGACUGUCCCAGGUGCUUCCCCAUACGGUGGUCAGACGCAGGAAGAGAUCUUAGCAGAAUUGCUGUCUCCUACAACUCUUGUUUCUCCAGGUCUUACAGAGCAGGGUGAAGCUGACUUUCGGUAUUUGGAAAUGGGAGAUGAUCAUGUCCCAACACCAGCACCCAGUCACCUGAGCAUCACUCCUCAGAACACACAUCCAAAGCCGGAUCAUAAUUACUGCAGUCCCACCAAGAAAAGCCGGGGUGACAUCCAGGCAGACUUGGUAAUAGAUAAUUCCUGUGUUCGAACGUUAAACUUAGAGAGUCCCAUAAAGACUGAUAUUUUUGAUGACUUUUUUUCUACUUCAACAUUGAAUUCUUUAGCAAAUGAUCCAUUAGACAUACCUCAUUUUGAUGAUUACCUGUUUUGA